AUGGAGGAGGACCAGGCUGAGCCGCUCUUUGCACUUAAUGAGACCAACAGCAGCGGCGCCCUCCUGCCCGGCGCUGAUUACGACGAUGAGUUUAUUCGCUACUUGUGGCAGGAAUAUUUAUAUCCCGAGCAGUACGAGUGGGUGCUCAUUAUCGCUUAUAUUAUCGUGUUCAUUGUCGCCCUGGUCGGAAACAUACUGGUUUGCAUUGCAGUUUGGAAGAAUCAUCACAUGCGGACAGUCACAAACUAUUUCAUAGUUAAUUUAUCAUUUGCCGAUAUCCUUGUAACAAUUAUCUGCCUUCCUGCCAGCCUACUUGUUGACAUAACUGAGACAUGGUUUUUUGGGCCAGUUUUCUGCAAAAUAAUUCCUUACCUGCAAACUGUUGCAGUGUCUGUAUCUGUACUGACAUUGAGCUGCAUAGCACUGGAUCACUGGUACGCAAUAUGUCAUCCACUUCUGUUCAAAAGUACAGCCAGAAGAGCACGAAACAGUAUAAUUGCAAUAUGGAUUGUCUCCUGUGCAUUAAUGAUUCCCCAGGCAGUUGUAAUGGAAUGCAAUGUCAUGGUGCCAGAGUUAGCAAACAAAACACUUUUGUUCACCAUCUGUGAUGAGCACUGGGGAGAUGACAUUUACCCCAAGAUCUAUCAUAUUUGCUUUUUCAUUGUUACAUAUGUGGCCCCUUUGUGCCUGAUGAUUUUGGCCUAUUUUCAAAUAUUUCGGAAACUUUGGUGUCGACAGAUACCGGGGACUUCCUCGGUAGUGCAAAGGAAUUGGAAGCCUCUUGCCCUGCAGUGUUCAUCCCAGAAGGCUGGCAGAGGACAGGUCAAAUCACGAAUAAAUGCUGUUGCUGCAGAAGUCAAACAGGUUCAAACAAGACGGAAGACAGCAAGGAUGCUUCUGGUGGUUUUCAUUUUUUUCACACUUUGCUACCUUCCAAUAAGUAUUCUGAAUGUUCUGAAAAGGGUGUUUGGAGCCUUUGACAAUGUUAACAACAGAGCAACGCUCUAUGCUUGGUUUACUUUCUCACAUUGGCUAGUGUACGCCAAUAGUGCUGCAAAUCCUAUUAUUUAUAACUUUCUGAGUGGCAAAUUCCGGGAAGAAUUUAAAACUGCCUUCUCUUGUUGUUUCCGGAUGGACCGUCAGAAUGGUGAGCAUCUGAACAGAGCCCGGUUGAGCACAGAAAGCCGCAAGUCGUUCACCACACAGAUCUGCCAUUUUGAUAACGUUUCCAAAACUUCAGAACAAGUAGCGCUUACAAAUGUAACUACAUCACAGACCAGUAACCGCACUGCAAACAACAUCUGA